CUUAUCAUUUUCAGGUCUUAUCUUAGAUGAUAUAUACUAGAUUUAUUUGGUUUGGUUUGGUUUAUAUUCAAAACAUUAGGCAAUGUAGACCCGGCAGUUUACUUGGUAGUUGUAGGAUUGUGUAGAAAAUGAAGGGUGGUCAUGCAUGCCGAUGAAGUGGUCGAUCUGACCGUCGCGUGACGAUUUGAUUGUGGAUUGGGGUGGUGAUGAGAGGGCAACACGACGACUGGAAGACUUACGUUAGUGUGGUCAAAGACGGGUGUUAGUCGUUGAACCUCCGAUGCAAAAGAAAAUGGUCCAUAACAAGAAGUGUUGUUUAUUUUGUCAUUUAUAAAUGCAACUAGAUGGGAAAAUUGAGCAAAUUGACUAGUGAUUUUACUUGGUGAUGUGAGACAAGUUGUUACUUUAUUUAUAAAAUAAAGAAAUUACUUCUUUCUAAAGAUGAAAAAUACACAUUUUAGGCAAAAUGACGUGUUAAUUUUGGAGUGAGGAGGUUGGUGCCACUGCCACCUCCCCAACAUCUGGUGGUCUGCGGAUUGGUUCAACGCCACGAAUCCUCGUCUUUCUCCAUGCAAAAACCAGAUGACCUCAUCUUGAUCCUCUACAAUUUCUUCAUUGGGGCAUUACGUCGAACAUAUCAGAUCCUCACAAUUUGUGAAACAACUCCUGCACUCGUGUCCAUCCAUUAUUUUCAAUUUUCUAUUUUCUAUAACCAUAUCUACCAUUGAAAGUGGUAGUCCGAGGAAUGGUGAGCUCCUCAUCCAGGCAGGGUUUGCGUUUGUCGGCGUCGAUGAGCGCAGACGCAUCAUCAUCUGGAGUUGAUCUUCACGGAAAAGUUUCUACUGACACGUUCAAUCAGGUUUCUGAUUAUUCGAUGGUGUCUCCAUCUUCUAAUUUCAAUUUGGGUUUCUCAGAAAGGGCAUUCUCCGCCGCCGGCGCUGCUUUUUUAUCCGCCAUCAUAGUCAACCCCCUCGAUGUCGCCAAGACAAGGUUACAAGCUCAGGCUGCUGGUGUUGCUUAUCAGAAUCUAAGCCACACAUGCUCCUUUGAAACUAACACGAUGUUGCCAGAUAGAAGAUGUUUCCCAUCAUGCCACCGUUCAGUUCUUGGUAAACCAUCAUGUGCUCCAGACUCUUCUCAAUAUAAGGGCACUCUAGAUGUCUUCAACAAAAUUAUACGUCAGGAAGGAUUUGGCAGACUCUGGAGAGGCACAAGUGCAAGUUUAGCAUUGUCUGUGCCCACAGUGGGCAUCUACUUGCCUUGUUAUGACAUUUUCCGCAAUUUUUUGGAAGAAUUUUCAUCGCAAAAUGCACCAAGCAUGACUCCUUAUGUCCCACUAGUUGCAGGCUCUGUUGCCCGUUCACUGGCUUGUAUUACUUGUUAUCCUGUUGAACUUGCAAGAACACGUAUGCAGGCAUUUAAAGAUACCCUCCAUGCUAAAAAGCCUCCGGGAGUGUGGAAGACGCUAGUUGGGGUUGUCUCCACGAACAGAAGCACGAAUAACCUUCGAAGUUCCUUACAUAGCUUUCGAUUCUUAUGGACUGGCCUUGGGGCGCAACUAGCUCGUGAUGUUCCAUUCUCUGCAAUUUGCUGGGCUACUCUUGAGCCUGUCAGGAGACAACUAUUAGCCAUGUCAGGUGAUGGAACUAACCCCGUCACUGUUCUUGGUGCAAACUUCUUUGCUGGCUUUGUUGCAGGAUCGCUUGCAGGUGCGUCUACAUGUCCCUUGGACGUUGCAAAGACCCGGCAUCAAAUAGAGAAAGAUCAAGUACGAGCAUUGAAGAUGACAACGAGACAAACAUUGGUUGAAAUAUGGAGCAGGGAUGGAGGAACGAAGGGACUGUUCAUGGGAGUCGGGGCUCGAGUUGGACGUGCGGGGCCAUCAGUUGCUAUCGUAGUAUCCUUCUAUGAGUUCGUCAAGUAUGUUUUACACACACAAAAACUAACUAAUACUCAAACUUCAACUACAGGAGGAGGAAGGUGUUGAUUGUUAUUGUUAUUGUUAUUGUUAUUGUUAUUGUUAUUGUUAUUGGUGAUAUCAUGGUAAAUAUACAAAAACUAACUAAUACUCUAUAUUUUAUUUUGCUAUUAAAUUUCAGUGUUAUUUAUGUGGUUUUAUGAAAACUGUCGAUUCCAAGUCAUACAUACCUGUGGUGUAAAACCUUAUUUUUAAAUCGAGAAUGAAUAAUUAAUAAAAUCAAAAUUAAAAAAUAUAGAAUCAUUCGUAAGCAUACAUAUUUUG